AUGACGGGCCCGAUGCAGCGCAUUCUAGGCCUUGUACUAGGGCUGCUCCAUGUCUUAACUGCAGCGGCCGUUCCGGAUUUGCCAGAUGUAGAUCCCUUUUAUACACCCAAGAAUGACUCUUGGAAAAGCGAAGAUCCUGGUUAUAUCAUAGACCAUCGCCCAGUCAAGCUGCCAUCAGUUGUUCCUGGUGCCGAGAGUCCACUCACUGCACAUCAAUUAUUGUACGUGACUCGAAAUGCAACUUUACACAAGACAACCUCCGUGACUACGAUUGUCAUUCCGGCGAAUCCGAGUCCAAACCGAGUUCUUUCGUACCAGAUCGCCUACGAUGCGCCCGAUAUCAACUGCUCUCCUUCCUACGGACUUCAGGCAGGCGCUGGGUUUUCCGCAGCCAUGUGGAACCAGGUGCAAAUGACCUUCGUCUUUCCCUAUCUCCAAAGCUACGAAGGACCAUUUGGGAAGAGACCCAUUCUGAACAUCCCCGAUUACGAGGGCUCCAAUGCUGCCUUCACUGUCGGUCCGCAGAGCGGCCUUCACACUUUGGACUCCAUCCAGGCGGCGCUGAACUCCAAGCACAUCACCGGUAUCUUGCCCAAGGCCAGAACAGUCAUGUUUGGGUACUCCGGUGGCGCGUUGGCUACAGAAUGGGCCUCAGAGCUGCACGCUCACCAUGCGUCCAACCUCAAGAUUGCCGGCGCCGCAAUGGGCGGCCCUCCUCCGAACAUUACGAACACAUAUAUCAACGUCAACGGCACCCAGUCUCCACUUAAUGUUUGGGCCAUCCUGGGUGUGAUGAGGGCAUUCCCCGAAGUCGACCAGCAUAUGCGCGAUGAUCUCUUACCCAAAUACCAGAGUCUUUUCUUGGGCCCUCAGAGACGCUGCACCAAGUGCCAGCUCAAUGCGCCUAAAAUCGAGCCAACCGCCAACAUUUCUUCCUGGUUUAAGAGCGGGGACGAGUUUCUGUACAAGUUCAAGGAUAUCCUUGAAACUUAUGGUGUGAUGGGACAACACAUCCAGCACGGCAAGAGUCCGAAUUUCCCACUUUAUAUCUACCAAGGAACUAAGGAUAAUAUCACGGGUCCCAUCGAAGACACCGAUAAGCUGUACGAGAAAUACUGCGGCAAGGGCACGAAGGUGAGAUAUCUUCGGUACUUGGAGCGCGAUCAUGGUGGUACCCUGAUCGAGGGGAUGCCUCGAGUUUGUGCAAUGUACGAUAUGGAUGACGAUGACCUGGACAUGGAGGAGAUGGAAGAGAGCAGAGUUCUUGACAAUGAACCUGGUCUGAAGGAUCAAACCUUCGUCCAUGGCCAUUCCUUUGUCCCAGGCGCUAAUGAUAGAGAGGAUCUCUAA